AUGAAUCUUGCGCAUGAGAUCUUCUUCAAUGACUACUCCAUCAAGUUUGCUUUGGAACAUGCCUGGAGAGAGUUGAGGUUCGACCAAAAAUGGUGCACAAGUAGCAAAGUCCAAGAUGGUGCGUCGACCAAAAGAAGAAAGGUUGAAGACUCGGCUCUGUCCUCAACCUCCAUACCUGCAAGCAAGAAUGAAGAUGUAGUCGAGGUUCGUCCACCUGGAGUCAAGGCUUCGAAGGCCAACGCAAAGAAGUCAUUAUGUGUUAAACCCGAGAACAAGGACAUGAAGGAGUUUUCUUCCAUGUGGGAAAUGAAACAAAAAGAUCUAGAGUUGAAAGACAAGAUUAGUGAUAAGAGGAUUCUUGAGAGCCUUUUGGCUAAGACUGAACCACUCACUGAGAUUGAAAUGACAUUAAAACACAAGUUAAUUUGUGCGAUGUAUGAUCUUUAG